AAUUCUAUUUUUUACCAAUCACAUGCAUCAGAACAUGUCUCUAUUUCCAGGUGCCACUACUUUUUUCUUCACUGAGAUCAAAACCGGAGCCCUUAGGAAAGUGUUUUCUGGAUUAAUCGAAGAAUUGUGGGUCAAAUUAAUGGAAGAUUCAACGAAUGGUAAUACUCAGCCUGCUUCUCCAGUAUGUACUUGUUUGGCUUGGCAAUCAUCGAAGAUACCAAGGCAAAUAAUGAAAGGCUUCUCCAGUUGGUUCCUUUUUGGCUUGGCAAUAAUCGGAGACACCAAGGCAAAUAUUCUCAUUAUGUUGCUAUCCUUGUUUGGUCGACAUAGCCGCAGAUUGGGUAGCCACUGUUGCCUUAAGUGCCCACCUCAAGGCCGAAAUGAAGGCGCUAAACAGCGAGCUGGUUGUGUUUUGAACGCCGUUCCUGCUCUUGCACCUUGGCGGCCCACACACCAUCAAAUGUACAUACCUCUCUUUUCAGAGCUCAAGCUUAGGAUUUAUAAAGAUUUACGAGACAACUUCAUGCUCUCCGAUUCCACAUCCGCUGAUGAUGCCUUCAAAAUUGUACAAAUUGAGCUAGGUUUCUUGCAUGAUAAGCUCUACACCAAGACUACUGCACUACAAUCUAAAAAAGGCAUAAUCCUCCAGCGUAUCCGCUUGUUGUCCACUUUUGCAGCAGUGAUUGCCUUCUCUUUCACAGUUGUUUUGAUGCACUUCUUGGGAAAAAGUGAAUCCAAACCUGAAGAACUUCAUCUACUCGCAUCUUCAAGAGAAGUUCAAGCGGUAUCAAAACUUAAUGAAGAGGACCAGGGAAAGAAUACCGAUCAAAAGCACAAGGAAUUUGACCAUGAGUUGCUCUCAACUAUAUUGAAAGAAAGGGGGGAACAUCUGCUUCAAGGCAAAGGAAUUGUUGUUAAGGAAGAGUUCAAAUGGAGCAUUAAUGACGUAGAAUUUAGCCAUAGCAUCAGUUUGUGGCAUAUUGCGACAUUUCUUCUCUUCUACGAUGAUCAUAGAAGAUAUUCUAGCAGUGCUCUAGGGAUUGGUGAAGCGAGGAUAAGAGAUGCUCAAGAGGAGGUGAUAAGAUUCUUUGGUCAUGUAAAGUCGCUAAGUAACAAUGAUGCCAGGGCUUUGCUUUACAACGACAACGACUUUGCAGGGUUACCAAUUCAUGGCAAGUCAGUUUUGCAGGAUGGUUGUAAGCUGGCAUCUAUGUUGAAGGCAUUGAUGGAGGAAUUGCAGUGGGAUCUUGAAGAAAAAUGAGAGGUAAUUGCAAAAGUGUGGAUGGAAUUGUUGUCACAUGCGGCGAGCAAAUGUUGAUGGAAACAUCAUGCAACGCAACUUAGGCAUGGUGGGGAGCUGCUUACCCAUAUAACGCCUCUUAUGGCACAUCUUGGUUGGCCUGACCCGAUACAUCUAAAUUGUGCAACAGCCAAGUGUUGAGGGGUGAUCUUUGAUGUGGGAUUGGGAUAAACUUCCUCAUCAUACGUCUUUUUACCUGGCAUAAGAUCAUCUUUUCAAAGACACAACCUUACUGACAGCUCGUUUUUGUUACUUGAAGUUGUAAUAAAAGCGUUGUUUGAUG